CGUUGCAGCGGUUUCACCAUUCUUCUGUCCUCCCCAGUCUCCCCUUGCAUAGACCGGCUGCAAGCAGUGUCGCCUCGCAACGAUGCGCCACGUCUCCGCACUGUUUCUGGCCAGUCUGGCCGCGAUUGCUUCGGCCUCCACCACGUGUAGUGCCGACAGCAAGUGCCCUGAGAGCGCGCCGUGCUGCUACAGUGGAGUAUGUGGUGUAGGAAGCUCGUGUCUGGGCUCCUGCGACCCCUUGAUGUCAUACUCUCUUGACUCAUGCACGCCUGAGGCUAUUUGCAAGAAUCAGACCUACAGCUUUAGCAACCUCGACGACAGCGUGGCCUGGGAUCAGUAUCUCGGAAAUGCGUCGCAGUACGAAUGGUCCUGGAGCGGCUACCCCAAGGUCGAGAACAGCAGUCUGAUGCUCACGAUGCCCAACCAGACGACGGGCAGUCUGAUGACGCUGAACCACUACAUCUGGUACGGCAAGGUGUCGGCCAAGAUCAAGAGCAGCCGUGGUGGAGGUGUCAUCACCGGGUUUAUUCUCAUGUCGGACGUGAAGGACGAGAUCGAUUUCGAGUUUGUCGGCUACAACCUGUCGAGUGUCCAGACCGACUUUUACUUCCAGGGAGUUGAGAACUACACCAACGAGGUCAACGCUGCUGUGUCCACCGGCAACACGUACGACACAUGGCACACCUACACGAUCGACUGGUCGCCCGAGAGGCUGGAAUGGCUCGUGGACGGAACGGUGAUGCGCACGCUGACCAAGAACUCGACCUACAACGCGACCUCGGGGAUCUACAUGUACCCGCAGACGCCGUCGCGGCUGCAGAUGUCGCUGUGGCCCAGCGGACUCAGCACUGAGAGCACGGGGACGAUCGAAUGGGGUGGCGGUCUGGUCAACUGGACCAGCGCGGACAUGGAGAAGUACGGCUACUACUACGCCCUGUUCAAGGACAUCACGGUCGAGUGCUACAACCCGCCCGAGGGCACCACCAUUAAGGGCGACGUGUCGUACGUCUACACCAGCGACACGGGUCUGUCGGACCAGAUCCUCGUCUCCGGCAACAGCACCGUCCUCUACAAUCUCGAGGACACGGGUCUCAACAUGACCGCCGGCAAGCAGGAGACCGCAUCCAGCAGUAGCUCCGGCAGUUCCGAGAGCUCGGGCUCCUCCACCAGCACCAGCUUCAGCGCCGGCACCACCACCUCCGGCGCUGCUUCUUCCUCGUACAGCGACCGGGUCAUGCAGGGUUCGGUCCUUGCGGCCGUGGGUGCUGCCUUCUUCUUCAGCCUUUUCUAGAAAAACCCCCACUAGUUAACACUUCACAUCCCCCUCCUUUAUGCUUAUGCUUCAUUCAUCAUGGUGCGGAGCUAAUCCCCACCCCACCCUUGAUUUCUUCCUACACUUUUUACGAUCCUUACAUAUAUAUAUCAUAUUCGAUUCAGGCAUGGCGUGCAUGGCGAUUUUUCAGACGAGCCAAAUAAACUUGUAUUUAUGUUUCUGACAGACUAAUGGUAAUGUCAUUCGAUAGUAUUUCUGCACACAGACGCAGGUGGUGGGUUGGCCGACCGGAUGUUGGGUUGAAAGUUAAGGGCAAAUACCUGUGCCUGGACCGAAGAAGACCUACUAAGACCGCAU